UUCUUUUUUUCAGUAUCGUUCAAAGCAGUUUUUACAAACCUUGGUGCGAGUGGAAGACUGGGUCCAACUUCUCUAGGUAGUUACUACAGUGGUCAGGAUCAUGACGGUCAAGUUACAUUGGUCAGUGGUAUUCAACAAUGGACUGUGCCUAAAACAGGUGACUACAGAAUAGAGCCAAUAGGGGCUGCAGGGGGAUAUGGCUUCAACAGCAACAAUGGUCAGUAUCGCGGCAGAGGUGCAAGAAUUAAAGGGACUUUUCGCCUUUUCAAAGGAGAAACAAUUCAAAUACUUGUUGGUCAAGAGGGAAGUAUAAACCUUAAUGGUAAUAGCUGUGGUGGUGGUGGAGGUACGUUUGUGGUGAGAGGACGGAACACGCCUUUAAUAAUAGCUGGAGGAGGGGGAGGCAUGGAAGCUGCUCGAUCAAGACAUUCGGGAUGCGAUGCUUCUACAGGGACAACAGGGAAUUCUGGGUACAAGUCAUGGUCAGGAGGGAGUGGUGGACAAGGAGCAACGACCGCUGACAAUGACAACUCAGGUGAACCGAGCGUGUCAAGAUGAGUAUAGUAGGGCCACCACGACAGCAAUCUUUGCUAAAUCUAGAUGUAAAAUCUAACUUAACAUCCGCCUUCUUCAAAUAGCCUCAAUAUGGAGGCUAAACUCAUCGACGGAGGUCAAAGUCCCCAACUUCUUGUAUCAACUUUUAGAGUCAUAAGAGAGACGUUAUAUAGGUCACUCAUGAAUUAAAAACAAACCAAGAAAAACUCUAGCUCUCCUUAGGAUUCGAACUAAUGACAUCAAAGACAACAGUCCGCGUUUAAAAGCAAAUUUCCUCAUUGCAAAGUUUUGACUUUUUCUUGUCUCUUUUGACUAUUUUUUCAAAUCAAUUAAGACUCGGAAAAUGAAGGAACUUCAGUCAUCAGCGUUCAUAGCUGCCCAAGACUUUCUUAUCAUGUUUCCUUAAGAUUACUCAGAAGAAGUUAACAAUCUUCGCGUGCUAAUAAACUAUACUUGGAUAGUUAAAGACGAACAAGAGGUUCAUACUUAGAACCGAAGUAAGGCGAACACUAUACCUAGCCCUAGUUAGGCCACGCUGAUUUGGGAAAUUCCAGGCAAUUUAGGCCCCGCAGUCAAUCGAGCUCAUUGUCAAGCUUGAGCGUAUCCAAAGACGCGCGACUAAGUUUAUCUUAAAACUGCCUUAUUCUUCUAAUAUAAGUUAUAAACCUCGUUUAUACUACUACAUGAGGAAUUUCUGCAAUCUAAUUGGCUUAGAGCUGAUUGGCUUAAUUUGAAAUACCUACAUGUGAAAAUUACAAACCUUUUGAGGGUAGUAGUAUAAACAAAUAAUAGCAUGAUUUGUACGUGAUAUUUGGCAUAAAUGCCCUUCGUGAUAUUUCAAAAUUGUCUCAAAUUUCACUCGCCUAACGGCUCGUGAAAUUACGUAUAACGAUUUCGAAAUAUCACUCGUGGUAUUUAUGCCAAAUAUCACUACAAAUCAUGCCAUUACCUAUACUUACAAACUCUAAACCUAAUACCUAUUUGUUACUGGCACGAACUUUUAGAUGUACCCUUAAUGCUCGUCCUUUGUUUCGUCCAAUAACUUGUUGUAUGUAGCUGUAGCUUUUGUUGUAUCGCUGUGUUUUUUAGUAUUUCUUGUCUUUUUUUUAGUAGUAUCCCGGCCCGCUGUACUAGUGGCCACAGCUGUUAAGGUGUCCCUGCCAACAUUCUUUUUGAUUGUUUUGUUUAUUUGUUUGUUUGUUUGUUUGUUUUUUGGCGAAGCUAAUAAAAAAAGAAGUGUAUGUUAAAGUAGUUUAAAUACCAAUAAUCCAUGAAAUUAAUUUCGAUUUGCUAUAUUGUUCCUCAUAUAAAUCAAAUACAUGUCAAGGCAGAUAAUAUGAGAUAAAUACAUUCAAAGAUAUAGAAAUAAGACUAGGUUUUAAUGACCUGGAUUAACUCUGAUUGAAAUUGGUGGUAUGCAUUUGUAUUUAACAAAUAAAAAGGCAUAUGAUAAUAGUGACGCAUAUCGAAGCCUAAAAUAUGGGUCGCUGAAAAGAAUAAUUGUUAAUAGUAGUCUCCCAGUAUUAUAGAUAUAGGACAGGUGAUGCGAUUACUUUUAUCAAUAGAAUCUUAAUUGAUUUGUUAAAUGAAAAAAAGCCUCUGCAAGAAAUCCACCCGCACAUGGCAACUGUUGUAAGUAAAGAGUUAUUUAAUGUUAUUUAUAUUUUAGGUGGAGGCGGUGGUGGAUUUUAUUCCAGUGGAAGGAGCUCAACAAGCUUCGGAGGUUCAAUGGGGCGUGGCGGAGAAGGAGGCAAAGGAUUUCUUCAGGGAGGAGUGGGUGGAAGAGCCUUGUAUAACAAUGCUGUAGGCGGGUUUGGAGGGGGCGGUGGCGCUUAUGGAGGGGGAGGGGGUGCUGGAGGUGGAGGAGGCUACUCUGGCGGAAGUAGCGGGAAUAAUGAAUAUGACUCCUGUGGAGGAGGGGGAGGAUCUUACAAUACUGGAAAGAAUCAGCAAAAUGAAUGCUGUUAUAAAACAGCUGGACAUGGUCAGGUGACCAUAACAUUGAUAUAG